CCGUUGAUCCGGUCCGGACCGUCAUGUGUCGGUAAUAGGCUUUACCGCUGGGUUGUAGUUCGACCCGUCUUUGCCGUUGGCGCGCAGCUGCAAGCACGACUCGAGAGAGAAUAAAGGACACGGCGACUUGGCCUCGCCCGUUGUCAAGGAGAGCAGAGCUCCUAAUUCGCCAUGUCCGCGGCUCCAGCUGGAGGGUUUUCCCUCUUUCCCAACCCCAACAGUGCCCCGCGGCCGCCAUCAAGAUCCCAGAGCCGGCCUCGCGCAGCUACGCCCCAGGAAGGGCCGGCUAGCUCGUUCGAGGUGACACCUCCGCGUGCGGGGAGGCACAGGAGAGAUUCAUCAGCCAGGGAUACCAACCCAAGAGCCGUAUCCAACAACCCGUGGCAGCAUGCACUCGAUGCGGGGAAGAGACAACCAUCCGCCGGGAGUACGGCAGGCCCGUCCGCAGCCGCUGCUACAGUCGAGGAUCCGGUAGUCGAGACGACUUGCUCCCAGCCAGUGACCGAAACUCCCCAGCGAUGCGAGACAGCUUUCUCCGAGGCCCAGACCCUGGUGCGCAGCUCGAGCCAGAGAUCGAGGAGCUCUAUAGCCAAACCCCCGAUAGCCCACACCAUGGCCGGGCCGUCGACGUCUUCGCAACCAGGGGAAUCUGAAGAGCCGGCACCCAUCCGGUCGAUCUUCCCCCGAUAUAAUCCACACGUGCCUCUGAAUCAGCAAGACUACUAUCCGACCCAAGCGAGCCCAACCCACAUCCCCCAAUCCGCCAUUAGCAGGCCGAUGUACUCCCCACCCGCCGGCGCCUCCUCGAGCGGACAGUCAGGCGCCCAGAUGACCAGCCCCGGGCAAACAGCGAACUCGCAUGUCCGCUGGCCGCCAGCCCCGGGGCAGCGGCACCACGAACCAACCGUGAUGCCGCCGGUCAGCACGACGGAGGAGCUCCGCGGGCUGUGGAAGGUAACCAACGGCUGGAAAGCCUCGUCCCUCGAAGGGCGGAGGUACUGCCUUAAGAUGGCCAUGUCCCCAGACGCACCGCCUGCAUACGCCCUAUCCUCUUCCUCCGGCCAGCCCUUCUACUGCCUGCGGGUCGACCCAACCUCAGCGUCGGCCCUCGUCACUCUCUCUCGCUACGACCCCAACAAACCUUUCAAAGCCGGCAGCAACACAUCAUCCUCCACGAUUGCCAUUCCCAACCCGGAUUCCCGCAACUCCUCCCCUUCGCCGCGCGCCUCCUCCUCAAGCCGCCAGUCGAACUACGUCGUCAACCUCCAAAACGCAGCCCACACCCCGUCAACCACGUCCCCAAAGCAUCAGAAAUACUGGCAAGAGGUCCUUUCCACCACUCUCGCCUCUACCCCCGCCGGCGCCAACACCAACACUCACACCGACGACGACGACGAAGACAACAGCAACAACGACGGCCUGCUAGCCCACCUCUGGCCAACCGCCGCAGCGCGCCUGGUGGCUGACCGCGCCAACGACGCGGCCACCGUCGCCCUGGCCCAACAAGAAUCGGCCCGCCUGGUCUGGGACGCCGACUCGGGCAACCACUUCCUCGUGCACCCGGCGCUCGCCAUGCCCUUCUGCGUGACGGUCGAGCGCAGCCCGGCCUACAGCCGGACCGAGUACACGCUGGAGCACCUAGAGUCGCCCGUGCACCUCGCGCGGCUGGUGCGCGACGGCACGGGCGCGGGCUGGCUGGAGGUCGACACGGGCAUCGCGAGCAAGAUCGACGCCGUGUACCUCGUGGAUGUGGUGGUUGCCGCGCUAGUGCUGGUGGCGCACGGGGAUGUCAGGGCCCGCUCUAUCGGAGGUGGAGGAGGGGGAGGAGGAGGAGGUGUGGCCGAGGUGUUUGAGCCGCCGCCGGUUGUGUUCGGCGGGCCGAACGGGAGCGUGUAUUCCGCCCGCGCUGGUGGCGGGGAAGGGAGUGGUGGUCGUGGGAGCAGGAGUUGGAGUCGGCUUAGCAGUCGGAGGGACGACAGGAAGAGGAAGAAGAGUGUGAAGAAGGGAAAGAAGGCGAGGAUGGAGCAGUUUGAGAUGGAUCUGGAGAGCCAGAGCAGCGAUCUGAAAAAGGGGGACAACGACAGGUUGCCAGGAGUGCUGAGGGUGCUCGUAGGCCUGAUCACAGUCACAUUCAAGUGCUUUGUGUGGUGCGCGACGGUGGCUUUCAAGACGCUCAUGGCCAUCUUGUCGGGGCUGACGAAAUGCUGCGGCUUGGGCAAGUUAUGAGGGUUAAUUGGGCGUUGGACAGAACGAGGGAACGAGAAAUGAUAAUGGCAAUGCAAUGACCGGAAAGCAGCGUCUGAUCUUGGUAUAACGGGUUUAUUCGGAUCAUUAAUGGUCAUCGUAUUCUGG